AUGUCAAGAAUACCAAGUGAAAUCAAAAAGAAUCUGAGCGGUUUAAUGUAUCAUGAAAAAACGAAUAAUGGCGGUUACUUAUGUUAUUACAAAAACCUGGCUAGCGAUAAUCCAAUCACAUAUCUGUGUAAUAUUGGAUGCUGUCCAACUGGUUGCUGCACACUUCAGGAAGUUAAACAGAGUGGAAGUUAUGAAUUGGUGAUUAUACUUUUGAUAAUACUCGUUUUUGCGAUAAUAUUCACAGCAAUUUCCAUGCUUGUCGUUUAUUACAUUUAUAAUCAUAAAAGCAGUGAACGUGGUUAUGAAUUUAGUGGAAGUUUUACAGAAGACAGUGUUAUUGGAUCUCAAGUUAGUGGACCACCAACUUGUUUUGCUGAACGUCGAUAUCUCCCUCAUAUCAGUCCUGUGAAGUUAUUUUGA